UUUCAAGUGUGCAAUAGUUUCCUCUUGAGCCUCAAAGAUUGCCUAAAAACCCGAGAGUGUAAUCUUGAAUCUCUCACUCGGUGAUUGAAGUACUCGCUGAUUUCUACUGCAACGGAGACAAAAGUGAAAGUAACAAAAUGUCUCAGGUGAAUUUGAAGCAAUUUGCUAAAAAUGGAAGGAAGAUCAUUGGGGCUGUUCUGAAUUACAAAGACUGUAUCACUGAUAAUGCCCCGGAGACACCAAUUCUCUUUCUCAAAGCCAUCUCAUCGUACGUGGAGGAAGGGAAACCCAUCCGUCUGCCCAGAGUCUUCACAAAAGUCUACCAUGAAGUUGAACUAGGUGUUGUGAUUGGCCAGACUUGCAAGAAUGUAUCUAUUGAAGAAGCAAGCAAGUACGUAGGUGGAUACUGCCUGGCUUUGGAUCUCACAGGAAUGUGCUACAUUGGCAAACAAAGAGAAAAAGCUUUGCCAUGGGAUUUGGGCAAGGGUUUUGACACUGCGACUCCUGUAAGCCGCUUUAUCACUCACGAGGAACUUCCCAAUCCCAAUGAUGUUCGUCUGUGGCUCAAAGUCAAUGGACAAACACGUCAGGACCAAUCGUCUGAUUACAUGCAUUUCAAGAUUCCUGAACUAAUUUCCUAUGCAUCCAAAUUUAUGACUUUGGAACCAAAUGAUAUGAUCUUAACGGGAACACCGGCUGGAGCUACCACAAUAAAGCAUGGUGAUGUCAUUGAGUUUGGAAUUGGAGAAAUCGUGAAACUUAAAUUUGAUGUUCAGGAUGAUUGAAAGGAGACAAUCCUAAAAUCGAUAACUUUUGAAUUUUUUGGUGAAUGUAAUAAAAAGGACCAGUAAGA